AGCAGUCGUUUCGCGAGCUGUCAGCGCGGGCGCGAGCGCGCGGGGCGCGGGGUGGGCGCGGCCGAGCGGGUCCCCGAGCCGGUCCCCAGCCCGGCCCGAGACCCCGGGCCUCCCGCGCCACCCGCUCCGGUCUCGGAGGCCCGCGCCGCCCGCCUCGCCCCGCACUCGCCGCCUCGCCGCCCUCCUCUCCUCGCUCUCCGGCCAGUCGGGCGGGCCCCCGAGACCCCGUCGGGUCGAGGCUAGUGGCAGGCGGGCGGUCAGGCCCGGGUCCCGGCCUCCUCGCCAUGUCCUCGGCCCGCGACGUCGGCAGCCGCUUCCCGCUGCACCUCCUGGUCUGGAACAACGACUACCGGCAGCUGGAGAAGGAGCUGCGGGGCCAGAAUGCAGAGGCCCUGGACCCACGGGGUCGGACGUUACUGCACCUUGCGGUUUCUUUGGGGCAUUUGGAAUCUGCUCGAGUCUUGCUGCGACAUAAAGCAGAUGUGACCAAAGAAAACGGCCAGGGAUGGACAGUUUUACAUGAAGCUGUGAGCACAGGCGAUCCCGAGAUGGUGCACACGGUCCUGCAACACCGAGACUACCACAACACAUCCAUGGCCCUCGGAGGUGUGCCUGAGCUGCUGCACAGAAUUCUUGAGGCCCCGGAUUUCUAUGUGCAGAUGAAGUGGGAGUUCACCAGCUGGGUGCCCUUGGUCUCUAGAAUAUGCCCAAAUGAUGUCUGUCGUAUUUGGAAGAGUGGUGCCAAGCUGCGAGUAGACAUCACCCUGCUGGGGUUCGAGAACAUGAGCUGGAUAAGAGGGAGACGCAGUUUCAUAUUUAAGGGAGGAGACAACUGGGCGGAGCUGAUGGAAGUCAACCACGAUGACCGAGUGGUCACCACCGAACACUUCGAUCUUUCCCAAGAAAUGGAGCGCCUCACACUGGACCUGAUGAAGCCAAAGAGCAGGGAGGUUGAGAGGCGGCUCACCAGCCCCGUUAUCAACACCAGCCUUGAUACUAAAAACAUUGCCUUUGAAAGAACUAAAUCCGGAUUCUGGGGCUGGAGGACAGAUAAAGCAGAAGUUGUUAAUGGUUACGAAGCAAAGGUUUACACAGUCAACAAUGUGAGUGUGAUAACCAAAAUACGCACAGAGCACCUGACAGAGGAGGAAAAGAAGAGAUAUAAAGAGGACCGGAGCCCACUGGAGUCCCUGCUUGGAACUGUGGAACAUCAGUUUGGUGCUCAAGGGGACCUCACAACGGAGUGUGCCACUGUGAAUAACCCCACAGCCAUCACACCUGACGAGUACUUUGAUGAAGACUUUGAUCUGAAAGACAGGGACAUCGGAAGGCCAAAGGAGCUGACGAUUAGAACACAAAAGUUUAAAGCUACUCUGUGGAUGUGCGAAGAGUUCCCACUCUCCCUCGGGGAGCAGGUCAUUCCCAUCAUUGACCUCAUGGCUCGGACCAGCGCUCAUUUUGCAAGAUUGAGGGAUUUCAUCAAACUGGACUUCCCUCCUGGAUUUCCUGUAAAAAUAGAAAUCCCCUUAUUCCAUGUUUUAAACGCACGGAUUACAUUUGGAAAUGUUAAUGGCUGUAGCACUGCUGAAGAGAGUCCGAGUGCGGAAGGGACCCAGGCCGAUCCAGCUUCCGAGGUCACAAACUUCGAGGUUGAUCAGUCUGUGUUUGAAAUCCCUGAAUCUUAUCACGUUCAAGACAAUGGCAGAAACGUGCACCUGCAAGAUGAGGACUAUGAAAUCAUGCAGUUUGCCAUCCAGCAGAGCCUGCUGGAGUCCAGCAGGAGCCAGGAACUUUCAGGACCAGCAUCAAAUGGUGGGGUCAGCCACGCACACAGCUAUGAAGCCCAGUAUGAGAGGGCCAUCCAGGAGAGCCUCCUAACCAACAUGGGAGGCCUGUGCCCCGGGGCCCUCAGUGAGUCGAGCCGUUUCGAUAGUGACCUGCAGCUGGCCAUGGAGCUGUCUGCCAAAGAGCUGGCAGAACAGGAGCUAAGGCUCCAGGAGGAAGAGGCCGAACUCCAGCAAGUCUUACAGCUGUCACUCACAGAGAAAUAGACAUUACUGCCUAGAGCAGAGGCUCUGGGCUGCACAGAGUGCUGUGUCACUGAGACCCUGGGGCAAAGGCCUGCACUUCCUGAAGACAGCAGCUGCCCUUUCCUUAUGUAGAGGUGCAGACCAGGGACUCCCCAGAGUGGAGAAGCAGGCACCAGCAGGCCCACCUCCAUGCUGAGGGAGGAGAGCAUCGUCACCUUCCAUUAGCUGUCCUGGCUUGCAGGUCACAUUUUUACUACCAGCUCUAGACAGAACCGCCAAGCCCUGCAGGCUAGUAGAUGCAUCGCCGUCAGAAGUGGCAGCAAGCGUCACUGCAGUUGGUGCUUUUCUACAGGAGAGCAGCAGCCUUUGUAGAGUGGGUAAGAACCUGAGACCUUCCUGUUCACCAAAGAAACGGGUUAUGCUGACCUCUUUACUUUCCCCUCCCUGUAGGGUUCCUACGCCAUUGCCAUCACACCUCCUCAUUGCCAUCUUGUUCCAUGCCUUUACCCCCGCUAAGAGGAUAUGUACAGGAUCUAUUUUAGAUUAUGGCUAACUAUUUGCAUCAAAUUAAGAUAUACAAAUGACCACGGAUGUUGCCUUAGCCUUAAAAAUUACUACUAGUUUUAAACCACCUCACUCCAUACAUUGAGGACCUGAUUUGAAUCCAUAAAGGCAAUUCCUUUGGGAGCAUCCUCCAGGCUAAACCGAAGGCAGCUAAACCUGUCCUUGGAGGAGCAGCUAGGGGAAACCAUGGCUGGUUCUCAAAGUAGGCAAGCUCACCAGACCACUGGACGAGCAGAGAGCCUAGCACCGUGUGCCUGCUCCCUUGAAGGCUUUCCAGCCUGGGGAGAGCCAGCUGCAUGGCCUUAGGACAGGACACGCUUGAAACCAGAAAGGGAGCUAACAUGGAGCAGAAGCUCUUCCUCCAAAAGAGAAGCGAUGACUCCACAUUGCUUUUUAGAGUUCAAAUCGACAUCUUUCUGGAUAAAUAUAUUUUUUAACAGAAUCUUUUUAUUAUUUUUAAAAGAUAGAGAACUGACUACUCCCAUCAGUAGCAAUACAAGGUUAUACAUUUUAACCAGACUUUCUCAGGCCUUUUUUGGAUACCUUUAGUAGUUAACUAUUUUGUCUAACCCUCCUGUAAAUACCUACGCUUAACAGACCCACCCAAGGGGAGCACAGCCAAGGGUCCCUGACACCUCUCAUCUGGCGUAGGCAUUCACCCCCACAGGCUGUGCUAAUCACGUGGUAAACAGUACCUUCCUCUGUUUCCCCGUUAGGCUUCUUUUGGGAUAGGAAGAUAAUCCACUGUUCCCAGGAAUGUCUGUUUGAUACAGUCAGUGUUGCCAGUAAAAUGUUCUUAGACACAAUGAAUUGUGAUUUUAAUUCCUCAUAAUCAUCUACCUUUUUCUGUGAUGGUCUGACCAAAAAUUCCUUCCCUGCGCAUAAAGCCAGUGUGGACAUCACAUCUGUUUCAUACUCAGCUUCAUGGUCUGUUUACUUGACGUUUGCCAGGAGCAAACACUUCUGGGAAUGGCUGCAGUUGGGCCGAGCCUACUCAAUAAGGGCAAUCCUAGGUAGCCCCCGUGUCUGCGUCCAUUGCUCUGUGAUUGUCCCCAGAAGUCACUUAAAAAGGGACUGAGCACCGCAUCAACCUGCUGCAGCUUUCCCCAUGUGUUCUCUCUUAAAACGAAAAUAAAUACGCUUCCAUAGAGGGUGCUCACAGUGCCCCGACAGCCUGA